GCAGUUGCUCGACGACCAUCCCAUCUCAGUUGAGUCUCCAAGUCCUCUUUAUUUUGUUGAUCAUGUCGGUGCCAGGCGGAUAUCGCCAGGUUGUGGACGACGAUGCAGACCUCGAGUCCCUGGGGGAUGACGACGCUUACACCCAACCACAUACCUUUCGGGAACGUAUUUCCUACUGUUGGCGCCACAUUGUAGACUGGGUUGGCGGAAAGCGAGCGGCCAUCGCUCACUGCGCGGGCGUUACCAUUGCUAUCCUCACCGUCGCUCUUGUCUGGCGGUUUGUCAUCUCUGGACCUGAUUCACCUGUUCCUGCACCCGGUGUACCCGCGAAGUGGGAUGUAAGACUUCCGGAUUGGAUUGUCCCAGAGCAUUAUGAUUUGGAUCUAUCGGAAGUGGAUUUUGAAAAGUUGGAAUUUGGUGGGUCAGUGGAUAUAACUUUGGAUGUGCGCAGCGCUACGAACUUUGUUGUGGUACAUAGCAAAGAUUUGGAUGUCGAUGGUAAAACUGCUCGAUUCGUUGGACCCGAUGUGGAUCUCGUCCCUGCGGCGGAGCCUCGACCGGAGAGGCAGUACACGGUAUAUUGGUUAGAAAGACCUGUCUCAGCGGGGAAAUAUAAGCUCCACUUGCAGUUUAGAGGAAAGUUGACAGAUAGUUUGAGAGGAUUUUACUACAGCGUGUAUCGCGGGGAAAAUGGCAAAAAGAAGUUUAUCGGUACUACACAGUUUGAGGCUACAGAUGCUCGGAGGGCUUUUCCGUGCCUUGACGAACCAUCUAAAAAGGCAACCUUCCAAAUCAAUGUAACGGUACCUGACGGUUACCACGCUCUUAGCAACAUGCCUCAUUUGUCCGUUGUCAAAACAACCACCGGGCAGCGUCGUUUUGUCUUUGACACAACCAAACGGAUGUCGACCUACCUCAUCGCUUUCAUUGUCUCCGAUUUCGAAUCAAUAACAUCACAUACAUCCCGCGGCGUAGCCGUUUCCGUCUGGACACCGCCAUCCAAAACGCAUCUCGGAGAAUACGGCUUAAAGGUUGCUACAAAGAUUCUGGACUAUUAUGAAGGACGCUAUGGAGUCAAUUACCCGCUUCCAAAGAUGGAUUUGAUUGCAAUUCCGGAUUUUGCUGCUGGAGCGAUGGAAAAUUGGGGCUUGGUUACGUAUAGAGAUACUGCCUUGCUAUAUGAUGAAAAAAGUUCAUCGGAAAGCAAUAAGCAGCGGGUUGCCGAAGUCAUUGCACAUGAACUUGCUCAUCAAUGGUUUGGAAAUCUUGUUACAAUGGACUGGUGGAAUGACCUCUGGCUCAACGAAGGCUUUGCUGAAUUCAUGGAAUACAAGGGUACCAAUGCCGCGGAAUCGACGUGGCGAAUGGACGACCAAUUCGUCCCUGCAGACCUGCUCCGUGCCCUGGAAGCCGACGCAUCACAGUUUACGCACCCUAUCGCUGUGCAAGUCCACGAUCCCAAUGAGAUUCAAGAGAUUUUUGAUGAUAUUUCUUACGGGAAGGGAUCCUCGAUUUUGCGAAUGCUUCAAGCCUGGUUGGAUGACGCUCUUGGAAGUGACACAUUCUUCAAAAGGAUACACGCCUAUCUGGAAGCGCACGCUUAUCAGAAUGCGAAAACGCUUGAAUUAUGGCAAGCUCUGUCGGAUUCGCAUGUAGAUGUGGGGGCAUUGAUGAGUACUUGGACGGAUCAACCAGGAUUUCCUGUCGUCCGUGUUUUGGAUGAAACCACCCCUGGGCAGUUGGUUGUCGAACAGGAGAGGAUGUACCUUGCAGCGCUGUCCAAAGAUUCCGAUGAGCAUGCAGAAAAACAGAAAUGGCAGAUCCCCUUGACGUAUUCCGUGUAUACAUCCGGAAAGAAGCCCGAAAUCUCCCGUGCAACCCACAUCGUCAAAGAGUUGGGCCACGUUCAGAUUCCCACCAAGAGCACAUCGCCGAAUGGUGUCCCGCUUUUGAAUGUAGGGCGUACUGGCGUGUAUAGGGUUCAAUAUCCUACAUGGGUUUAUAAGAAAUUUGCAGAGCUGUUGGGAAAAGAUCUAAACGUUUUGGAACCAGUUGACAGGGCGGGCUUGAUUGAUGAUGCUUUCGCGAUGCUUUUGUCUGGCCGGGAAUCUGAUGCGACCAUUGCACUUAACCUCACUCGCCUCUUAACAACUGAAACUGACCCCAUCGUAUGGCAAACUCUUCUCCGAGAUCUCAGGACUUUGGAAUCAUAUCUCGUCUUCCAUCCUGGCUAUGGCAAGCUCCUUUCCUACGAACUCAAGCUCUUGCACCAAAUAAUCCAAAAAGUUGACUGGGAGGACGACGAAUCAAAAGCGAAUCAAGGCCAUUUGAUGGCAUUGUUGCGAAGCGAGGUGUUGGGUAAAGCCGUCUUUUUGGGAGAUUUGGAUACCGUUGAAGAAGCGUUAUGGUAUUUUGCAAAAUUGAAAAAUGGGACCUCCGUGGAGUUGACUCCGGAUGUGUUGGGCGUCGUUUAUGAUGCUGGGGUCAUUUGGGGAAGUGAAGCGGACUAUGAGUGGGUGUAUAAGUCAUACUUGUCUGCUACAUCUGCCCAAGAGGAACAGAGGCUGCUGCACGCACUGGCGUCGGCUCGCCAGCCGUACCUCCAACUACGUACUCUGACGCUGGCGCUCUCUGCGCACGUCCGGAAGCAAGACUUGCAUAGACUCAUAGCUCAAGUCUCUGAGCAAAGCCCGGCAGGAUAUCUGAUCACUUGGAACUUUAUCCGGGACAACUGGGAUGCACUUCUCGCCGUUGAGUCCUCAUCAGGGGAUUACACCCGUCUCAACAAUCUUGUUGGAACUAUUGUUGGGAAAUUUGCUCAAAAGUCUCUGGUAGAGGAUGCUGAGCGAUUGUUCGUCAGAAGAGAGGGAGACAUUUUUGUUCCUCCUCGGAUUGAUAUUCCUGUCAGCAAGGGACUGGAGAAGGCCAGGCAGCGGGUGCGGUGGGUGGAGGUCUACGGCGACAAAGUUGGGGCAUGGUUGGCUGGCGAAGUGGAGUAGAAAGAACAAGCGUAGAUAGAUGGACAAUGUAACAUGAUUUAACCCUUAUUCUAUUUACAAGACAUGUUGCGCAUAGGAUCAGCUGACUGUUCCGUUGAG